AUGAAGGGCGAGAUUCUUCACCUCCACCUGGGCCAGGCUGGUACCCAGCUCGGUAACUCUGCUUGGGAGCUCUACCUUCUCGAGCACGGUCUCGGCCCCGAUGGUCGCCCCGACCCCAAUGCUCCCGAUAUUGGUGACCCUGGCUCUUUCGAGACAUUCUUCACUGAGACCAGCAGCGGCAAGCAUGUUCCUCGAUCUCUCUUCGUCGAUCUCGACCCCUCUCCCAUUGACGAGAUCCGAACUGGCGAAUACCGUAACCUUUUCCACCCCGAGUUGUUGAUCAGCGGCAAGGAGGAUGCCGCCAACAACUAUGCUCGUGGUCAUUACACCAUUGGCAAGGAGAUGGUUGACAAUGUCAUUGACCGCAUUCGUCGCGUCGCCGACAACUGCCAGUCUCUUCAGGGUUUCCUGAUCUUCCACUCCUUCGGUGGUGGUACCGGUUCUGGUUUCGGUGCUCUUCUCCUCGAGCGUCUCUCUACCGAGUACGGCAAGAAGUCUAAGCUCGAGUUCGCCGUCUACCCUGCUCCCCGAACCUCAACUGCCGUCGUUGAGCCUUACAACGCUGUUCUCUCUACUCACAGCACUAUCGAGAACUCUGACUGUACCUUCCUCGUCGAUAACGAGGCUGUUUACGACAUUUGCCGUCGCAACCUCGAUAUCCCUCGACCCUCGUACGAGCACCUAAACCGCCUCAUUGCCCAGGUUGUCAGCUCCAUCACAUCCUCUCUCCGAUUUGACGGUGCUCUCAACGUCGAUCUCAACGAGUUCCAGACCAACUUGGUUCCCUACCCUCGAAUUCACUACCCUCUCAUCAGCUACGCCCCUGUCAUCUCCUCUGCCAAGAGUGAGCACGAGAGCUUCAAGGUCCAGGAGCUUACUUUCCAGUGCUUCGAGCCCAACAACCAGAUGGUUGUCUGCGAUCCCCGAAACGGCAAGUACAUGGCUGUUGCUCUUCUGUACCGCGGUGAUGUCGUUCCCCGCGACUGCAACGCCGCCAUCGCUGCCCUCAAGGCCAAGGCCUCAUUCAACUUGGUCGAGUGGUGCCCCACUGGUUUCAAGCUCGGCAUCAACUACCAGAAGCCCAUGGCUGUCCCCGCCGCUCCUGAGGCUGGAGGCCUUGCCCCCGUCAAGCGAUCCGUCUCUAUGCUUUCCAACACCACCGCCAUCGCUGAGGCUUGGUCCCGGCUCGACUACAAGUUCGACCUCAUGCACAGCAAGCGUGCUUUCGUCCACUGGUACGUUGGUGAGGGUAUGGAGGAAGGCGAGUUCACCGAGGCCAGAGAGGAUCUUGCUGCUCUGGAGAAGGAUUAUGAGGAGGUUGCUGCCGACUCCUUUGAGCCUGAGGAGGAGCUCGAGUACUAA